GUUGUUGCCACUAUUCACAGCAGAGGGCACUGUGGCGUUAUGUUAGCUUUAUGCAGAGGAAGAAGAAGCUCUGUUGUGAACGUUCAGGAACCAUGUGUAACUAGUGUUUCAUUGACUCCAUUUAAAAUGAAACACUCUGAAGCAGAGCAACUGCAUCCCUGCCUCUAUUUAGAAGUCUGUUCCCAUAACGAGGAGCCGCGUCUGCCCCUGCACACCUCCAUCGUCCUAUUCCUCCUGUCUUACUGCGAGUCCAAGUCUUUCAAAGUCUUCCUGGUUCGCAGAGACAGCAACAACAAAAGCUUUCCCGAAUCCCAGAGGUUUCACCUCCCAGAGUCUCUGAGUGUGUGCGACUUUCUCUCCCCGGAGGGUCUCCCGCGGCUGGUGAGGGGUUGCCGUCUCCCGGCUGCCGUGGAUGAGAGCGGGCGGCUCUGUCGGGCUGGGCUGGCGGUGGUCCUCAGGCACAUCAUCAUCAGAACCAUCGAGGCUGACCCCUCCAGGAAGGAUGUGCAGGAGCUGCUGGGGUUUAAGAAAACGUGUCUGAAAGCUUGUGCAGAGGUGAGCAAAUGGACCAGACUGUGUGAACUGGGCAUCCCCUCUGCAGUCGAGGAACACCUCCAGAAACCCACAGAACAGGCCCAGCUGCUGCCUCCUGCUAUUGUUACCCUCGAGCGACGACUUGCCGAGCCCGUCAAAGUACACAACGAUGACAAAAUCCGGAGACAGAAACUUCAAGAGCAGAGACAAAGGCAAAAGAACGGCACGUCUGAAGGCGAGGGAAAACCCGAACUUGAAGGACUCGAGCUCAGGGCGGCUCUGGCCAAACUGGCAGUGGAUUCAGUUCCAGCAGGAACCACUAGAGAGAACUCUGAGAUCAGGAAAGUGAAGACGACAGAUCUACCUGAACUGGAGCAUGUGUUUGCUGAGGGACUUUACUUCACUCUGACUGAUGUAGUGCUGCUGCCCUGCAUUCAUCACUAUCUGUGCUCACUCCAAGCCCACACACCGAGCACCCUGCAUCAUCUCCCCCAUCUCCUGCGCUGGUACGGUCGCGUUCAGGAAGUACCCGGAGUCCUUCGAGCAGCCGAGGAUUGUGGGUUCACUCUGUCCAAAGUCCAGGUUCCAACACCCUGCCUCUUUGGGCCACCACAACAGGAGAACCUUGAUGACCUGCUGCCUACAGAGGGUCAGGAGGUGACCCCAAACCUUCAUUUCGUCGGCGGUCCGAGGCCCACAAUGACUAAACUCAAAGAAAAUGGCAUCGAGGCAGUCUUCUCUCCUCAUCCUUGCCCUGCUUGGACUCUCCCGUGGGAUAGAUUACCAGCAGCUAUCAACCCCACUGAAGGAAAAAUGUCUGACAUCCGAGUCGUCAGGAAAAUGCAACAACUAAAUAACUUGGCUGCGAUGGUGACAGAGCUAGCCAGGCCGGGAGACACAAUAGUGGAUUUCUGCAGUGGAACGGGUCAUGUAGGGAUUGUUCUGGCUCACACAAUUCCAGAUUGCCAGAUCAUCCUCAUAGAGAACAAAGAGGAAUCUUUGGUUAGAGCCCAACGUCGCAGCACUGAGCUUGGCCUGAAAAACAUUGGUUUCCUUCAGGCCAAUUUGGAUUACUUUACUGGAGCAUUUCAGAUUGGGGUUGCCCUCCAUGCAUGUGGAAUUGCGACAGACAUGGUAUUGGAGCACUGCAUCCAGGCAGGAGCCGCCUUCAUCAUCAGUCCUUGUUGCUACGGCUUCAUCCAGAAUGCAGUCAAGUUCACCUUCCCUAAGAGCAAAAGGUUUCAAGAGACUCUCACAUCCAAGGAACACAUGAUCCUUUGCCGCUUUGCAGAUCAGACUGCGGUCCAGUUGCCACCCGAGAGGCGCCUCAUUGGAAAACACUGCAUGGGAUUGGUGGACUUGGACCGGUCUUGGGCUGCAGAGACUCAUGGGUACUCGGUUCAGGUGAUGACUAUGGAGCCUGAAAGCUGUUCGCCAAAGAACAACAUGUUGAUGGGAAGGCCGCCGCAGAGGUCUGCAGAGCCAGCUGGACAAGUCGAUGCAUAAUCAGGACUGUGAGCUCUACUGCACAGCUGAGCGUCCCCAGAAUCGUUGAAAUUGAUGCUGGGUCUCAGAUGGCAGAAGCAUUUCUUUUAAAUGUCUGUUUUCAAGCAAUAUUGGUUUUAUGAAAGGUGGAAACUGUUAAACUGCAUUUUUAAAAGUCAGAUUCUCAUUCUAAAAAAAUAAAGUUGGAACCAAAAAGGAUGGCAGUUGUUUUUAUUUGAACAGGGAGUUUGUUACAGAUACUCUGUCCACAGCUAGCCACCAAUUUGCAGUGCUAUGAUUGUGUUUUUGCUGACACUGUGUGAUCAAGCUGUCCAUGUACACAGAAGCAUCAGUAAUUUUACACUUACUUUGUUAAUUAAGCAAAUCAUACGUCGGCACUUGCAGACGAUCUGCAUAAGCAGACAGAUCCUUCUGAUUAACUGCAGGGGAAGCUCAGAGCUAUGAGACUCAUCUGCAGGUAAAGAUCAACUAGGGAAUACCCUCAGCACUACCUCACCUUCACUUUCUGUGUGUUUUAAUCAAGUAGUGGUAGAGAAGCACCUUUAGAGGUAAAAAGCAGCUUUCAACUUCAAAUAGUUAUGUUUAAAAUAAGUCUUUGUGUAAUUGUGUGGAGAAACUGAAUAUUUCUCAUAAAAGAUAUGUAAAUUGUCCAGCAUCCUGCAAAAGUACUCGCAUCCAUUGAAUUUUUACAAAUGUUGAUAUAUCUGCAGAUGUUAGAUUUUUAUAUGAUGCACUGCAUGAUUGUGAGUUGGUAGCAAAAUUAUUUUUUUCAACAUUUCUACAGAUAGAAUCUGAAGUGUGCUACAGGCCCUACUACCAAGCCUUGCUGUUUUUUCUUUUGCUUUUGUUCUGGACUUUGACUGGGCCAUUAUUACAUGUCUUCUCAAAUUGACACACAUGGUUUGGUUGUUUUAUUGUAGCUCUGACUGUAUGUUCACUGUAUGUGUUAUUCUACUGCGAUAUAAAUAUCUGACCCAGUUUUAAGUCUUUUUUUGCGGGUUUAUAUAAAGAUUGCUCUGUUUAGCUCCAUCCAUCAGUUCUGACCAGCUUUUCUGUCCCUAUAGAAAACCAUCCCCACAGCAUGAUGAUGCCACUCCCUGUGGUAAUGAUGUGUUCAGCAUAUAAGCAGUGGUAUUGCCUGAAUUUCCCCUUUUGAGAAGAGAGAAUUUUUUUUUUCCUUUGCGUUUUAUAAAGAUCAUAUUUCUGAACUUCAAGAUUUCUAAUUGUCCUGUCUGUGGAUUCUCCUACUGAAGCUGUGGAGUUCUGGAGCAUCUUUUGAGAAACUACCACGAUCCUCUUGGCUGCUUCACUGAGUAGUUCUCUCCUGGCCUACCAUAUCAGUUUAAGUGGCCAUGUUUGGUAAGUUUGCAGUUGUACCAUACAUUUCCAUUUCUACAAAUGCAUAUCACACAUUUUAGAUUUAUAUGUUUUAAGUUUUUCUUCCAAUUAACAAAUGUUGGUUUCUUACACAAAUGUUUGUGGAGCUGACAAAAUAUGUUAAAAAAAAAAAUUAAACUGAUUUCUUUUUCAAUCCACUGUGUACAUCCCCUAUAUUAUAUUCAGCAGUAUUUAUUAAUUAAUGAUUGUGUCAAAAAGAUUGGUGUGGUUGGUAACGUUUAGAUGGAGAGGCUUUGAGGGAGAUGCUGGUCUCCAGCAUCUGUACUCAUCUGAAUUCUGUCAGCAGAGUCAGUCUGUCCUGAAGUGAAUAGCCACAGACACCGCUUGUUUCAAGGAUUUUUCCUCAAGAGGAGGCGUCUGACUCCCUGUUCACAUUUGUGAUUUGUGAUACGCAGGUGGUGUCACUAGAAGCCUGCAUCUAAACCUGUGAAAUUGCUUGAUUUAAGCUGAAGGGAAGAUACUGGAGGUUGAAUGGUGUGCCUUAUUAUUACAAAACAGGUGCAGUGGAUUAGUUGAAUUCACUUUUAAACAAUGAUCGUUCUCUUGAAGCUUUUCAAUGAGUGCAUCAUGCUGAUGUGCUAAGACCGCAAUAUUAUUCUGAAACUGGAUAAUUAAAAUUUCUUUUAGUGUUUUUUUCGAAGCUGAGUCAAGAAGAUUAUUUGCUUUUGUCUAAAGUAAUCUGAUACUUUGUGCAAAUUGUUUUCAAAGAAAACAGCCAUUUCAUCUGUGAGUAGUAUUUAUUCAGAAGAUCUCCAUAAACAGAUGUUGAUACCUGAUUUAGCUUUCAAAAGGUUUUGCAACAAACCUAAUCCAACUCCCCAAGUUCUAACAGUUUAUCCACCAACCCACCUUUUUUCUUUUUACUGAUACCCUGUGUUGUAAACAGUCCAUUGUUCUCUACUUAGGCCCCAACCUUUUGUGAUCAAGCAGAUAAGAGAUUUCCAAAUUGACAAUUUUUAUUUUGUUAAUGUUGCUUGGUUACUGAAGAAAGCAUGCAAAAAAUCCAUUUGAAAUACAUGUAAGAAACUUCACAUGCUUUUUGUUGGUUUUGCAACAUGUCUGCUCUUUCAUUUAAAUUUGCAGCUUUUUUUAAUAAUAAAUUUACUUAAAUCUGUAAAUUAUUGUUCAUAUGUUGUUUUUUCAAGUAAAUUUUAGAUUAUAUUUCUUAUCUCUAAAGUUUUCUUGCCCCUGUCUGUGCAAAUGGAAAUGCACCAGGAAUUGUCUGGUAAGCUUUUUCAGUUCAACUGACCAAAAUUGGUGAUAAGCAGGUUAAUUGAACACACUAUGCAUAAGCACUUCCAAAUAUCACUAACAACAUUUCUGAGUGUGUGCUCUUUUAAGUAAAAGUAUGUUACAUCUAAUUUAAGUACUAGUUUCCAGAGAAAGCACAGAGAUGUAAAAAGCUGUUGGGAUGGUUGGACAACAUAUCUAGAUGUGGAGAUAUGUCUACCUAUAUUCACGCAAUGAGAGAUUACCUUCAAGUUGCCUCUAUAAAUCAUUAACAGUUGCUAAUGUGAGCAGAAGGCUAGAAAGAAUCAUGUUCAGUAAUGUUCAACUUGUGCUUCAAUGAUAUGUAACUUCUUAUGUCAUAUUUCUGGAAGAGAAAUCCAAAAAGGCUCAAACUGGUAUCAGCAGGUCUCCCGUUCCAUGCAUAAUAUGGUAAAGCCUCUGAAAAGCUCUUUCAGUGACAAACUAUUGCACCCUAAAUGUGCAAAGGAGCAGUAUAUGUAGUCAUUCCUCUCUGCAGCUGUCAGACUUUACAAUCAGCAUCUCUCCCAGAAAACUACGAUAUAGAGCAAUAGUUCAAAAUCCCCCAUGUGCAAUUUACAGCUAAACUUGUUAUAUUCCCUUCAAUAUGCAUCCACUUACUUUUUUCUUUUUUUCCACCUUGAACAGAGCCAUACAUUCAUUCAUUUAUAUGCAGCCUUUGUAUAAUGCAUGCUAGCAUUUACUGUAUAUAUUGGUGCACUUUGGGUGUUUACAUAUGCAUUUAGUCUUGCAAAUGUGUAUAAAAAUUCCCUUUUCUA